CUAUAGGAUUAUAGUUAUCAAUAAAUCAAACGCUUGUAUAAAGAGAAAAAUAUUUGAUAAACAUACAGUUCUAAUUUUGAAACACUAGAAACAUGAAGAGUACUUCUACUAAAGCUUUAGUAUUAAUUUUUUUGGUAGCGGCGGCGGAGGCUAAUAUUAUUAAGAGCAAAAUAACUGCUCCAAAAUGGAACAACGGUUUAUCAGCGAAAGUCAACGACUAUGUCGAUGAGACUAUUUCAAUGAUAGGACCAUUUUUGCAACAAAAUGGCCUGGAUCCCAUGGAAUUGCCAGAAAUCGAAGAGGGGUUUGAAGUUAGGAUUCUGUUAAUCACGUACAGCGCGUGGCUUAAACUGCACGAUGGUCAGAUGACAGGACUCGUAAAUGUCGCUCGUUCUGGAGACCAGAAUGUCAACUAUUAUCAAAAAUCCCUGCGGGUGCGCGUUCAACUGCGAUUCUCUGACCUCGAAUUCGCCUAUAAGUAUCUAGUUCAGGUAAUGAACAUUGGACCGACUGGUGGAAUUGUUGGAUCACUUUCAUACUUCGAUAUAAUUGCCGACGUUUUGAUUGAUUUCAAUACAGACGAAAUUCAGUUACAACAAUUCUCCAUCGUCGAACGCGGGCGUCUGCGGGUACGGCUAAUUGGCAACAUUUUGUUUGACUGGUUACUAAAUCCACUGAUAUCUGUAUUUACAACUCUCUUCAACGGUGUCAUAAUGAAUGUGGUAGAAUUGACCAUUCGUACUGUGUUUCGUGGAGCCAUCGUUGCCAUAAACCAAAACGUUCGUGAAAUCAUCGAUUUAAUUGAAUCGUUUUCGAACAACUAA